AUGUCCGAGCCAGACAAGAAAUCCCGUGACUGCUCACCUGAGCCAAAUGAGGCUUCGAAGUACAUCGCUGACGGUGUUUCAAACACAGGUCUCGAGAAAGACGCCGUGGCCAUCCGCGAGAUGUUCAGCCUGGACUGCCAGUCUGACAACAAAUCCAACGACGGAUCUAUGGAUGAUUCCGAAGAGUCAAGCGAAGAAGAAGAAUCAAGCGGCGAAGAAGAGUCACACGACGAAGAAGGGUCAAGCGAGGAAGAAGAGUCAAGCGAGGAAGAAGAGUCUUAUCCGGACAGCUUGUCUGACCCCGACGCAUCUCGACCCAAAGUUUUGGGAUCACCCGAGGGUCAAUGUGAGCGUUGCAAGAAGCGAGAAGCGUCAAUGCUAUGCUACUUUUGCGGCACCGGCGGAUUCUGCUCAUCUUGGUGCUGCGAGAUGAGCAUGGAAAAGGGCAAGCAUAAGUGCGUGCCAACCGAGGACACGACAGCCAAAAAUAUCAUCAAGGCCGUUGCCAGGGAUAUGUUCCCCGAGGACCGCCAGACCAUGGAAGACUACUACUUCACGCCUACUGCCUCUUCCAGGCUUGGAGAUCCCCAUAUACUCCUUGGCAUCUACGGCAACCUCGUCGUGGCGUUCUCCAUCUCCAGCCCCCAGCUCCACCAGUGGAAGGAGGCGAAGCAGAUCUUCAACAACAUCGUCCGGCUGUACAACCGAUACCCCGCGCGGGUACCUGUGCGGUACUUCUACUGGCUCUCACGCCAUCGCCACGUCUUCCUCGAGGAGGACAAGUCGGAAGUUCUCGACUUUGAUGCCUACCUCCGGGCGAAUGACUUGACCCCUGGUCAGUUCGGUGCAACUCUCAUGUGCAGUAUGUAA